CUUUGAAAAUACAUUAUUUGCCCCAACACCCCUACCUUGCCGAGACUCGAUAGGCAAAAAGCCCCCGUAGAGAAAAUCGGAAAAUAACAUACAAAUCCGCUCACAUAUCCAUAUACAUACAGCCUACAGCCCAUAUACGUACACAAAGAUGAAGCCACCAAAGAGGCCGAUCCAAGCCGCGUCGUCAUGGGUGCGGCGGCAGCCGCCGAAGGUGAAGGCGUUUCUAGCCGUUAUCAGCGGCAUGGCGGCGCUUGUCAUCCUACGCGCCAUCGUCCACGAUCACGACAAUCUCUUUGUGGCAGCGGAGGCCGUGCACUCGAUCGGAAUUUCGUUUCUCAUCUACAAAUUGAUGAAGGAGAGAACCUGCGCAGGUCUUUCACUAAAAUCCCAGGAGCUAACAGCUAUAUUUCUGGCUGUUAGAUUAUAUUGUAGUUUCGUAAUGGAGUAUGACAUACAUACUCUGCUUGACUUGGCGACUUUGGCUACUACCUUGUGGGUCAUUUAUACGAUCCGUUUUAAAUUAAACUCGAGCUACAUGAGUGAUAAGGACAAUUUUGCACUAUAUUAUGUGCUGCUUCCUUGUGCUGUUUUAGCUCUAUUGAUCCAUCCAUCCACGUCACAUAACAUUGUGAAUAGGAUUGCUUGGGCUUUCUGUGUUUACUUAGAAGCGGUUUCAGUGCUACCACAAUUACGCGUGAUGCAGAAUACUAAGGUUUUGGACAGUCGUGGCCAUCUACUCGUUGCAUUAGGUUAUGGACUUUGGCCCUCGAUGGUUCUUAUAUCAGAAAUUGUUCAGACCUUCAUCCUAGCAGAUUUUUGCUACUACUAUGUUAAAAGUGUUUUUGGAGGUCAGCUUGUUUUGCGCCUUCCAUCUGGAGUGGUCUAAUCGGCUGGUUGCAUAAAAGCGCUAUUUUCGAUCUUACUAUUAAUGGAGCCCUGCAAAUUGCUGGGAACAGAAAAGGGGAAAAACAGGAAAAUUAUAAUAUCAACCUCAGAAAAAAUUAAUCAUGUUGACUUAUUUAUCUCAGUUAUAAGUUUGUUUUUAGUUAAGAGUGGAUCUAAAUAGACUGUGAAAUACUUCCACUUGAACAAGUGUNG